AAAUCAGCUGAUUUUGACACAUGAAACAGAUUGAUAAUGAGUACUGUCAAGCUGUCAGCUGAAGUAAACAUUAAACAUCUCUGAAAAGGUGUUUUUGUUUAGGGGAUUCGAUUCGACUGAAAUCGUACCUCAGUAUCUACAUAUGUAAUUACUAUUUAUUCAUUAAUAUACAAAAUAUUCAAUAUGCAACCUGAAUUACACGUGGAUGCAAACAUUUAUGCAAGACCUUUUCCUCGUUUUGAUCGUCCCAAGAUUAUUGGUUACAUUGGUUUGGAAAAUCUCAAAUAUGCCCGCCGGAUUGGAAAUGAAAGAGUACGGUAUGAUUUAAACUUGCGUUUAGACGAGGCGAUACACCGACCACAGGACUUGGAUGUGAGACUAAACGACUUACUAAAGUUUUUAUUGGAACAUGAACGCCGCUUGAACUUUCCUAUAGAAAAUAAUUUAGAUGAAGCUAAGUUCUUUUGUUAUCGUGGCCUUAUGACUUGUGUGGCCUGUACUCCUUAUGAGAAUAGGGAGCCAUGGAAAAUUGUUGCUAUUUUACACAAAGGGAGCAUUUAUCUUUGUGCAAGAGAUACAGAGGAGAAAUUAAACAGGAAACUAAAUAUGACUGAGAGAGACAAACAAUUUACCUCAUGGGGCUAUAAGUUUGAACAGUUCCUUUUAUCUGAUGAACCAGAUUCUGAACCGAAUCCAGAUGUUCCUGUGGAUGAAAAUGAGGAGUUCUCAUUAGUCUUUACAGCUCAUUUGAACCGCCACACAGUAGUAUAUGGAGCUGAAAUGGAUGGAAUCAGAUGUGAUAAAGAAACUGUUAAUAAACCUCCUUCGGAAUUGGGUCCAGAAGCUAUAGUUAAAUAUUUAUCUACAAAAGAGUUUAUUGAAUUGAAAACCAACAGACAUAUAGAACAUCCAAAGCAAGAAACUAGCUUUAGACGGUUUAAAGCAAAGAAGUGGUGGUGUCAGUCAUUCCUUGCUGGUAUAGAUACCAUACUAUGUGGAUAUAGGAAUGAUGAUGGAAUUGUUGAAGAAUUGAAAUACUGGAAAAUUAGGGAUUUAGUUAAAAUGUCUCAGAGAUUUUGGAAUCCUAAUGUCUGCUUUAAUUUCUUGGAUACCUUUUUGACUUAUGUGAAGAGAUGUUUAGUAAGAGAGAUAAAAUAUAAACAUGGGGAAAAGAUGUUAAAUAACAUUCAUACAUUACCUUUGAUGAGCUUGAUGUUUGAAUGGAGUCCUGGUAUGCCAGUCCAGGUCACAGGGAAUUACUCACAUCAAGAUGAUCCCAUAUUGUGGCCAUGGUUCAUAGAAAAUCAUGGUAAGGGUGCAAAUAAUGCAUAAUAAUAAGU